UCUCACUUCGGGUCUUGUCUCUGGCAAUCAAAAGUUCCACAAAGAGGAAAACGCAGACAAGAUCAGGAGAGGAACCGAGCACGGCGCCGUAUAAUGGAAAGAAGUAGCCGGUUGUCUGCUGUGAUGUUGUUUAAUUUCUUCGCCUCGAGGAUACGAUUUGAGAAUUGAUAAGCUAACAAGGUUGAGUAAAGCGACUGUGUUAUGGACCCUUAAGGAUUAUUUCGGCUACUUGUAGCAGUGGGGCUUCUGACAAAUGUACCUCUUAUCUCGGGAUGUCCAGGAGGUCCGACGAGAUGUCCACCCAAAACAUCCACCAAUCCCACAAACCGGAGAGGAAAAGCAGUUUUUUCAAGUUGAUUGAGUCCUUUGCAUUGGAAAUUGGCACUUUGAAAAAGGAGAUGGGGAAAAGGCCUGAGCCAACAGAAGAUCACAAGACGGAUUCAAUGCAUGGGCUGAGUGAAGAAGUGGGGGGCCUCUUCCUACGAGCACCUCCCUGUGCUGACAUGGGGACUGGACUGGCUGGAGUCAGAGAUUCCGGCUAUGACUCUCUCUCUCGAAGACUCAGUGUUUUGGACAGAUUAAUCAAUACACAUUCUGUGUGGCUCCAGCUUGAGUUUAGCCAUCAGAAUGCCAUUGAAAUACUACAGAACCAAGCACCUGGAACAUUUGUUGUGCGGAAGUCUUCAAGCCGGCAGAAAAAGGUCAUAUCUCUACGUAUGGACAAGGAUUCCCCAGUUACUGUGAAAGACUUUGUUGUCAUGGAAAGCCAGUACACUUUCACGUUGGAAGGAUCCGGCCUGAGCUUUGCAGACCUGUUUCGUCUUGUAGCUUUCUGCUGCAUCAGCAGAGAUGUGCUUCCCUUCACCUUGAAGCUUCCUGAAGCCAUCGCUACAGCCAAAACCUGUGUUGAGCUUGCUGAAGUAGCUAAACUUGGUGCAGGUUUCUGGGAUACUGAAUUGUACCAGAAGAGGAAGGGUUCCUUCUCCUUUUUAUUUGGAACCACAGCUUCUGACAGACUACCUCCACGUGGCCAACGACCACUCUCAGUUGCACCCACCCCAGGCUGCGCUCGGCUUCAAACCCGCACCCCGUCAGAGCUUGAGUGUUGCCAGUCAAAUGGGGCACUCUGCUUCAUCAAUCCUCUUUUCAUUAAGGUUCAUCAACCAGAAAGCACACAGAGUUCCGAAUUAAAUUCUUCUCGUCCGAGUCGAAAUCACAGCCCAGAAAAAAGCACACUACACUUGAGCGGUGACAGGCCUGCGCAUUGCAACUCCAAUCUCACCGCCAGCGGACAGUCAAAUGAAAGCAAAUCCCAUUGUCUGGGCAGCAACACAGAACUACAAGCUCAAAAGAAGCAAAGUGGUGAGGACAUUACAUCACGAUCUCCACCCAAUCGACCACCCCCACCUCGCUUUCAAGCACAGCAGUUGGCUCAUCCUGUCCGGCAGUACAGUAUGCCAGAGAAAAUUUCCUGGAUCAAUGUCCCCAAGGAGAAAGUGGAAGAGAAGGAGCGGAGCAGUAGCCUCUUGUCCCGUCUUGGUUCUUCACUUAGCAUCAGCCCUUCGUCAUCCCCUCCGAAGAGAUUCAGCAUUAGCUCCCCUAUAUCCAUCCCCAGGCCCUCUCUCCCCAUCUCUUUAUCGUCUUUAUCUGUUUCGCCGAGAAGGUCCAAAUACUUGCCAUCUUCGUCCCAGGAAGAUGCCCAAUGUCACUUGGCACUAGAAGACCAGACGAUCGAAAAGGCCCUUCUGAAGGCCAAACUAUUUCAGCAGAACAGCAGCAAAGCUUGUCCCCAGCCCUGCAGCAGUCUUCCAGAUUCUUCCCCGAUGACCAUAAGCAAACAAGCAGUGGUCCGAGAAGGAGGUGAUAGAGAAGCUGGAGAGGAAAUUAAAGAGGCAAGCCAACGUCUGAGCGACGUGAGCCUUUCGACAGAUUCUUCAGACUCCCUAGAUUUCUCUCAGUCCUCAGCUUUCUUCCUUCCUCCGCUACAUGACCCAAGUCCACCAACAGUGGCUGAUUUUAACACCCACCUCCCUCUUUCACUGCCCUCUUCUCAUCUCCUUUACUACAGCAUGGAGGAAGACGAUGACGAUGAGGAGGAUGAAGAUGAAGAGGAGCCUGACUAUGGUGUCGGCCUGGAGAGCGACCAGGACCAAGACCAGGACUUAACAAUGAUACCACCUGGGCACAGGAUAAGACGCCAGCCAAGUGCCAGUGCUUUGGUCAUCCAGAAAGCACUGCGAGGUCAUCUGCGCAAGAUGAGUGGAGUUUUUAACUCACUGUUGACACCUGAAAAGAGAGCCAUUCGCAGGCUGGUUGAGCUGUCCAGAGAUAAGGGCUCCUACUUCGGUUCCCUGGUACAGGACUUCCUGGGCUACAUGGGCGAAGGGGCGGGUACCCCAACUUGGCAAAGCUUUGCUUCCGGACUGGAACUUCUUCAGACUCUGCGUCAGUUUAUCACACAGAUGAAGAGUUACCUGCGGCAAAGCUCGGAACUGGGUUUGCCUAUUGAGAGCCUCAUACCCGAAGACCAAAUAGCGUUCCGAAUGCAAACACCUCAUUAUGAAGCAGGAAGAAGUCCAGACCACGUCUUGGAGAAAGCCAUGCACAAGUGUGUUUUGAAGCCUCUCAAACCGAUGAUUAGUGCCGCACUGCAGGAUUUCCAGGUACGCAGCGGAGAAUGGCAGGAGCUGAGGGACAACAUGUCUUUGGCGAAAGCUCGGCAGCCGCAGGAAAUGGGUGUGGAGGACACGGUGCCACCCGAUCCGAUAGCUAUUGAGAAGAUCAAGUACAAGUUUCACACCAUGUGCAAGCUGUACUCUCCGGAAAAGAAGGUCACCAUGCUGCUGAGGGUUUGCAAACUCAUCUACACCAUCAUGGAGGACAAUUCAGGCCGUCUGUAUGGUGCAGAUGACUUCCUGCCGAUGCUGACCUACGUGUUGGCCCAAUGUGACAUGCCACAGCUGGACAUUGAGAUACUUUACAUGAUGGAGCUGUUGGACCCCUCACUGCUUCACGGAGAAGGUGGCUAUUAUCUGACGAGUGCAUAUGGAGCGAUGUCACUUAUCCGGAACUUCCAGGAGGAGCAGGCAGCCAGGGUGCUGAGCUCCGAGACCAGGAAUACACUGCACCAGUGGCACCAGCGCCGCACCACUCUGCAUUUUUCUCCAUCCUUUGAUGACUUCCAAAAUUACCUGCGGGUGGCGCUGCAGGAUUUGGGUAGCGGCUGCACCGCCAAGACCCUCGCUGUCCGACCCUACGCCACUGUGGAGGAGGUGUGUCAGCUAUGCGCCCUCAAGUUCAAAGUGUUGGACCCCGACAGCUAUGGCUUAUUCCUGCUGACGGAGGGCAGCAGCCAGCAGCUCGCCCCGGACACCCACCCUCAGAAGAUCAAGGCGGAGCUCCACAGCCGCCCGCAAGCGCCCCCCUUCCAUUUUGUUUACCGCCGCCUGGCCAAUCGCGGCACCUCACCGGCAACCCCUCAUGACUCUUCGCCCAGCCCCAGCAACCUGACUUUGACCUCUGAACAGCAAGCCAACCUGAACGACCUCAGUCCUGAGCCCCCCUCCGGCUCCCCCGAUUCAGACCUCAGACUGUCACGUUAAGGAAGACUGCCAAUCAGGAGGAUAGACAACUGGACAGCGUCUCUGACGGACACCUGGCGUGUCCGUCAGAGUUGGACCGAUAGCACAACGCUGCACGUGUGGCAGUCCAACUUCUCCUUUAGGCUGUCACGCCGAACAUCCUCUGUGUAGAAAGUUUGAUCCGACAGACAAGACGGAGGAAGGGGAGCAGUGACGGAAGUGAAAGUUUGUUCCUUGCUUCUUUUAGCGUGCUUCCUGUGGACCAACUAUGGCAGGCAACAUUUUUGCUUGGGCUCAUGGAAUGUAAUCGGUAUUUUUGUGAUGUCAUUCUAAUUUUAAAAUAAGAAAAGAAGACAGGUCAGCAUUAUGAUCGACCCGGCCACAACGCCGGCGUGAUAGCGGCUGCGUUUGGUGAUCAUAGAGGGAAAUCUAAAAUAAAAUACAACACCAAAACUAUAUUACUCACUGGAAACAAUAGAGCACCUUGACAGUCGAUUUGUUUGCAUUUUGUUUUACAGUUGCAGGUCAACUGUUUUGACCGUGUAUGUUGUCUUUGAAUUGGAGACACCUAGUGGUGGCUGAGGUUCACUUCCAAGUCCGGAAUAUUUGCACAGCUAAGUUGGAGGAACAAGGAGGGUGGACAAGACUCGUUUCUUUUUCCAGCAACCUUCCCGUAUAAAGACUUUGAUUUCUAUAUUUACUCCCAAUAGAAAUGAAUAUGCUGUGCAUAAACCUGUCGUUUCCAUCCUCAUUUGUAUGAAUAUAAUGAGUGCUUAAUCCAAGUAAAUGUUAAGAAAUUGUACUUUUGUAUGAAAAUCAAUGAUAGACAUCUAAUAAAUAUCGGAGCAGCAUUUAGAUUGUCAUGAUGGUAAUACAGGAAAUGUUGCCAGUAAAUUCUUUUUUUUUGUACAGUAAUUACUCUUGACGAUUUUUAGAAACAUGUUGCUACACGAAACGUGUCUGUAAUGGAGGCAUUCUUGCAGAUUUACAAAAGUCUCUGCUACUGAAAAAUCUUAUUUGUAAAAUAUUUUUUAAGGCCAGUUUUUAUAAUGAAUCAUGUGUGCUUGGAGCUGGUGAGAGGCCAUUGUGAAUAAUGUUGAAGAGGGAAUCGUUUUGAAAGACAAAAACGGCAAAAGAGGCACGUGACAACGGACGUGACUGCAUUCAGUAUUGUGCGUGGUCGUGUGUGUCUACUUGAAAUGUAAUGUAACUGUUUCCCCACUACUAUAAAUGAUCAAUU